AAUUCUGUUUUUUCUCUCUCGUGUUUCUCAUCGCCGAAGCCGUCUUCGAACUCCAAAGCCCUAUCUCUAGACGCUCACUCACGACGAUUCUCCUCGGCCGCCAUCCUCACCAACCCGGCAUCUCCAGUGCCUUUAACCUCACCAUCGAGAGGACAACCCAUAUCGCUAGGGCCUACGACAUCAGCAACCUCAACGACUGCUCCUCCGGUCUAUCAUCAUCCUGCACACUUCCUCCUCCCCUACUUCAGAUUCCCAAAGGAUACACAACCUGGACUUCUAAGAGCACAAAAUCCUACAAAGAAACUGAUCCAAUUGGGGGUGCAGUUCAUCUCCAUGGACAAAUAAUCAAGGAUUCGGUGGAAAAUCUAAAGAUCAAGGGGGCCUUUAAACAACAAGGACCGGCUCUGUUCGCUGCCCUUCUUCCGCACUGAGAGAAUGUGGAAGGCUGCCAUGCUCAAACACCUUGCAUCAAUGAAAGGGCAUGCCCCAGUCUCUGACUCAACACAAGAACCGCUGAGUACUGCGAGCUUUACUCUUACUGAAGCAACCCCUGCCACUGUCACCCGAGAUCACUCCUCUGAUCCGGAGGACGAGAUGCCCCUACGUGUCCGCAUGAAACGCCUGAGAGCAAAACGACCGUCCCCUGCAACUGUAAUUCCAUUAGCAGUGCUUCCUCCAGAACCAUCUCCCACUCCCCGGAGUGAAGUUAACCCAGCCCCUGCAUAUGCUUCCUCCAAGACUCAUCCUGCCUCUCUGCGCAAUCCCAGGUUGACGAGCCUUGCGCAGGGAGAACGAGGCCCUGUCCAACAACUCUCUCUGCUGAAUCUGUUGGAAGACACCUCCGCCAUGCUGAUGCAAGCGUGGACUCGCCACAAGGAAUUGGCCUUCCGGGUUCCCCGCCUAGCAGAGGCUCACAAAGCCAGCAUGGCCAGAGAAGCGGAAGCUCGCAGCAAGAAUUCCAAGUUAUUAAAGGAGCUCGCUGACAUGAAGCUUGCCCUAGAGCUAGCCGAAGCUGCCCGGCAGGUGAUAGAGAAAUCCGCUGCGGAGGAGCAAACUCGUCUCACCGAGGAGAAUGCGCGUUUAAAGGCUGAGAUGGCUGCCUACCAGGGUGGAGAAGAAGACAGGUGGAAUACUCGCAAGGCGGAAUUUCUAGCUUCGCUCGAGCUUAAUGACAUGCCGGGUUCCCGCGCUGCCCUCUUCUUUGAACGAGGUUUUGUAGGUGCCGUCGAACAAUUCCGAGCUCAGGACUACCGAGUACCGACCGGCAGGAGCUUCUGAAGAUUUCUUAGAUUCCUACAAGGCCUUACGGAAUAUACCUCGGGAGCUCUUCGGUUCACAACCUUCACCCUCUUUCAACUAGAAGCUAAUCUUUUGUUAGUGAACUAUACGUCUAUACAUUAUCAUUUUCGGACUGAUCUAGUACCAUUUUGGAUGUUAUUGUAUUAAAAAAUUCUGUUCGUGUGUGUUCA